CACUUUAAUCUGAGGGGAAUGGCUGGAGAAGAGCAAAAGCGUAGAUGGAGCCUUCAAGGCAAGACCGCACUUGUCACCGGUGGAACCAAAGGCAUUGGGCAUGCCAUAGUAGAGGAACUUGCAGGAUUUGGUGUAAUAGUACAUACAUGUGCUCGAGACGAAGCACAUCUCAACGAGUGUUUAAGCAAAUGGAAGAAUAAAGGGUUUCAAGUCACUGGUUCAGUCUGUGAUGUAUCGUCCUGGACAGAAAGAGAGAAGCUGAUGCAAACUGUGUACUCUUUGUUUGAUGCCAAUCUCACUAUCCUUAUUAACAAUGCUGGCGCAAUCCGGUCAAAGCCAACAAUAGAGCAUACGGCAGAUGAUUUCUCGUUCCACAUUUCGACCAACUUGGAAUCUGCAUAUCAUUUUAGCCAGCUUGCACAUCCUCUGCUCAAGGCUUCAGGGUGUGGUAACAUCGUGUUCAUAUCCUCCGUUUCUGGGGUCGUCUCACUUGGCAUCAGCUCCAUCUACAGUGCCACAAAAGGGGCAAUGAAUCAGCUAGCAAGGAAUUUGGCAUGCGAGUGGGCGAGCGACAGUAUAAGGGCUAAUUCUGUAGCUCCUACAUUCAUUGCCACUCCACUGGUUGAUAAUGCGUUUGAUGAUGAAUUUAAGAAAGUGGUGGAAUCAACAAAUCCCUUAGGGCGCUUAGGAAAACCGGAGGAGGUAGCAUCGCUGGUGGCAUUUCUUUGUAUGCCUGCAUCUUCUUAUAUAACGGGCCAGACCAUUUGCAUUGAUGGAGGUCUUUCGGUCAAUGGCUUCUCGUAUCAGCCACACUCUUAAUCCCAACCACCAAAACAAAUAAAAUUUGAAGUUCAGUAAUAAGUUUGAGUGUUCAGACUUCGUAUCCUUCUUAAGAUUACUUUAGCGUCUAUGCUUUUCAUUACUCCCUCUGUUUCUCGGAGCUUCUCGGAGCUCUACGAUGCUCUCUCCGACAUCGCUGGCUUAUCAUCUUCCUUUACUCUUCGCUCUUUCUCCUAUGUUUCUAGAUCGAUCGUGUAAUGAGUCUGCAGAUAGCUUGGCCAAAAACUGCUAAAAACCUUUGUGCGUCAUUGGGUGGACUUGUCAAAGCCCAUAUUUUCUUAUCUAUUAAAAGUUAUGUUUCAAAAAAUGUACAAUUAUUAAAAAGUUAUGAAUUUUUAUUUUUAUU